GUGUUUCUCAGGAGGGAAGAGUUGGAGAGGCUUUGCUGCUAAGGAAAGUUUGUAAAAUAUUGCUGUGCAUAGGUAAUAGGCAGAGGAAUACUCUGUGAAAAUGGCAGACGAUGAGGAGUAUGAGGAGGUCAUAGAGUAUUACACUGAAGAGACUGUCAUUGAGGAAGGUGAACCAAUGGAGAUUAUCAUGGAGACCACUACCACCACCACCACCACCACCACCAGAGGAGCUACUGGCCCCAGAGGCACCUCAGGAACCAUUGAGCAAGCUGCACCUCCAGUCAGAAAGAGGAUGAAAAAGAUAAAAGUGGAUUCUUCCAAGUUUAUGACCCCUUACCUGCAACACAGUCAUAAAAUGCAGGAUCUGUUCAGUCAGAACAAAUACAAACAGCAGUUUGAAAAAGAAAAAGGAAAGCCAUAUGCUAGCACAGUUGAUACCCCAGAACUUCGGAGAAUUAAGAAAGUGCAAGAUCAGCUCAGUGAGGUUAAAUAUCGUAUGGCUGGUGAUGUUGCAAAGACUAUUUGCCAUGUUGAUGAAAAAGCAAAGGACAUAGAACAUGCAAAGAAGGUGUCACAGCAAGUGAGCAAGGUUUUAUACAAACAGAACUGGGAGGAGAAUAAGGAUAAGUACCUUCUUCCCCCCGAUGCUCCAGAGCUUGUGCAGGCAGUAAAAAAUACGGCAAUGUUCAGUAAGAAACUGUACACAGAAGAUUGGGAGCAAGACAAAACAUUAUUCUACCCAUACAAUGACAGUCCAGAGUUGAGGAGAGUAGCAAAGGCCCAAAAGGUUCUUAGUGAUAUUGUUUACAAAAAGGGACAUGAUGAACGGAAAUCUAAAUACACUUCUCUGCCAGAUCCACCUGAUGUGGAGCUCGCCAAGAAAGUGACUAAGCAGCGCAGUGAUUUUAAGUACCAUGAAGACUAUGAAAAUAAGAUUAAAGGCAAGUGGAGUCAAACUCCUUGCUAUGAAGUUGCAGUUGCAAGGAUGAAUGCUGAUAAUUUAAGUAUGAGAAAAUACCAGGAAGACUAUGAGCUCAUGAAAGACCAAAUCUACUUUAUGCAAACUGACACUCCAGAGUACCAGGCUAAUAAGCGAGUCGGAAUUGCUGCCAGUAAAGUGAAAUAUAAAGAAGACUAUGAAAAGAGCAAAGCUACUGCAGAUUAUAAUGUACUUCCUGCUACAGAGAAUCCGUUGCUGAAACAGCUAAAAGUUUCAGGAAAGCAGUUGAGUGAUAAAUUAUACAAGGAAGCCUAUGAAAAGUCAAAAGCAACAAGCAUUAAUUAUUGUGACACUCCAAAGUUUCAAAUUGAUAAUGUUCUGAAAAACUUCAGUGAUGUUAAAUAUAAAGAUGAAUAUCAAAAAAAAAUUUUGGGACAUUAUGUAGGAAGCUAUGAGAACCCAUAUCAUACACAUUACAUGAAUGUUGCAGCUAUGAAGAGUGAUAAAAAUUACAGAGCAGAUUAUGAGGAGGAGAAGACAAAAUGCUACUUCCCUCAAACCAUAACUCAAGAGUAUGAAGUUAUAAAGAAAUUAGACCAGUGCAAAGAUAAUACUUACAAAAAACAUCCUGAUCAAAUCAAAUUUACACAAGUGACUGAUUCUCCAGUACAAGUUCAAGCACUGAUCAAUACCAAGCAGCUGAGUGAAUUGAAUUAUAAAGCUAAACACGAAAAUGAGAAAUUCAAAUGCCACCUGCCACCAGAUGCUCCAUUAUUCCUCCAGGCCAGAGUCAAUGCAUAUAAUCUGAGUGAUAACUGGUACAAGUAUGACUGGGAGAGAUCUAAAGCUAAGAAAUUUGAAAUCAAAGUUGAUGCAAUUCCACUUCUUGCAGCUAAAGCUAAUAGUAAAAUUGCAAGCGAUGUGGCGUAUAAGAAAGACUAUGAACUAAGUAAAGGGAAAAUGAUUGGAGCCCUGAGCAUUCAUGAUGAUCCCAAGAUGUUACAUUCUGCAAAGGUGGCUAAACAGCAGAGUGAUCAUGAAUACAAGAAGGGCUAUGAAUUGUCAAAGAGCAGAUAUACAGCACCUCUGGACAUGAUUCCAAUCACUCAGGCUAAGAUAUCUCAGGCUAUCGCGAGCGGCACAGACUACAAGCAUCUCCUACAUAAUUACUCUUAUCCUCCUGACAGUAUUAAUGUGGAACUUGCAAAGAAGGCCUAUUCUAUGCAGAGUGAUAAUGAAUAUAAAUCUGACUACAAUAGCUGGAUGAAAGGUUGUGGCUGGGUGCCAUUUGGGUCCAUAGAAGCAGAGAAGGCUAAGAGAGCUACAGACAUUCUCAAUGAGAAAAAAUAUCGCCAGCAUCCGGACACUAUUAAGUAUACCCAGAUUGAAGAUGAGCCUGUUGUAGUACAGGCUAAAAUCAACCAGGCCCAGAGGAGUGAUAUAUUAUAUAAAGCCAAAGGCGAGGCUAUAAUUCACAAUUAUCACCUACCUCCAGACAUGCCCCAGUUUAUUCAGGCUAAAGUUAAUGCCUACAAUAUUAGUGAUAACUACUACAAAAUGGACUUGGAAGAUUUAAAAUCAAAAGGAUAUGACCUAAGAAAUGAUGCUAUUUCUAUCCAAGUUGCCAAGGCUGCUAGGCAGGCUGCCAGUGAUGUCCACUAUAAAAAAGACUAUGAACUUGCCAAGGGUAAACUUGUUGGCUUCCAAAGCCUCCAGGAUGACCCCAAACUGGUUCACUAUAUGAAUAUAGCCAAGAUGCAGUCCGAGCGGGAGUACAAGAAAGAUUAUGAGAAAACAAAAACCAAAUACAACAUCCCAUUAGAUAUGGUCAAUGUUGUGGCUGCCAAGCAGGCUCAGGACAUUGCCAGCAAUGUUAAUUACAAGCAGCUGAUCCACAAUUACACUUACUUACCUGAUGCGAUGAACUUGGAACUCUCCAAAAACAUGAUGCAGAUACAGAGUAAUCAUGCCUACAAAGAAGACUAUGAUAGCUGGAUGAAAGGCAUUGGCUGGAUCCCCACUGGUUCAUUGGAUGUAGAGAAAGCUAGAAAAGCGGGAGAAGCCCUGAAUGAGAAGAAAUAUCGUCAGCACCCAGACACCAUCAAAUUUACCAGUGUGGUGGACUCCCCAGUUAUGGUCCAAGCUAAGCAGAAUACACUUCAACUCAAUGAUAGGUUAUACAAAUCUUCAGGAGAGGAAGUCAAACAUAAAUACACCAUGACACCAGAUGUCCCACAGUUUAUCCAGGCCAGAUACAAUGCAGCUAACAUCAGUGAUGCAUAUUAUAAACAAGAUUACCAUGAUUUGAUAGCCAAGGGGAACAAUGUGUUAGGUGAUGCUAUUCCAUUUACUCUAGCUAAGGCCUCAAGAAACAUUGCUAGUGACUAUAAAUACAAAGAAGCUUAUGAAAAAGCAAAAGGAAAACAUGUUGGUUUCAGAAGUGUGCAUGAUGAUCCCAAACUUGUUCAUUACAUGAAUGUGGCAAAGUUGCAGUCUGAGCGGGAGUACAAGAAGGACUAUGAGAAGACCAAGACCAACUAUCAUACACCCGCUGAUAUGAUCAGUAUCCAGGCUGCUAAACAGUCUCAAGACAUAGCCUCCAAUACCCACUACAAACAUCUGAUCCACCAUUACACGUAUCUGCCAGAUGCCAUGAAUGUUGAACUUACAAAGAACAUGAUGCAAAUUCAAAGUAAUAACUUGUAUAAACAAGAUUACAACAGCUGGUUCAAAGGUAUUGGAUGGAGUCCUCUGGGUUCUCUGGAUGUUGAAAAGGUUAAAAAAGCUGGAGAGGCAUUAAAUGAAAAGAAAUAUCGCCAAAACCCAGACACUUUCAGGUUCACAAGUCUACCAGACUCAAUGCCAAUGGUUUUGGCUCAGCACAAUACCAAGCAACUGAGUGAGAUAAAUUAUAAGCAGGAGGGUGAGAAACUGAAACAUAAAUACACUUUGGACCCUGACGUUCCUCAAUUUAUUCAAGCCAAGGUCAAUGCAUUAAACAUGAGCGAUGCUUAUUACAAAGCAGACUGGAAAAAAAGAAUUGCCAAAGGGUAUGAUCUGAAACCAGACGCCAUCUCUGUAAUUGCUGCUAAAGCUUCCCAAAAGAUUGCCAGUGAUUACAAGUAUAAAGAAUCAUAUGAGAAAGAAAAAGGCAAACACGUUGGAUUCCGUAGCCUGCAGGAUGAUCCUAAACUGGUUCACUACAUGAAUGUGGCCAAAAUGCAGUCAGAACGCGAGUACAAGAAGGGUUAUGAGAGCAGCAAGACCAAGUAUCACACUCCCCUAGAUAUGUUCAGUGUGACAGCUGCUAAGAAAGCCCAGGAAGUGGUUACAAAUACCAACUACAAACAGCUACUACACAACUAUACACUCUUGCCUGAUGCGAUGAAUGUGCAACUACCAAAACACAUGAUGCAGAUUCAGAGUGAUAGUCUUUACAAAACAGACUUCAAUAACUGGCUAAGAGGAGUUGGUUGGAUGCCAAUUCAGUCUUUGGAUUUGGAGAAGGUCAAGAAGGCUACAGAGAUUCUCAGUGAACAGAAAUAUCGCCAGCACCCAGACAAGCUAAAAUAUUCCAUUACAACUGAUGCACUGGAGCAGGUGCUAGCUAAACAGAAUGCACAGACCAUGAAUAAGAGGCUUUACACUGAUAAAUGGAACAAAGAGAAGACAAGCAUUCAUGUUAUGCCGGACACUCCAGAAAUUCUGCAGUCGAGGGUGAACCAGAUCACCAUGAGUGAUAAAUUAUACAGAGCUGGCUGGGAGGAAGAGAAGAAGAAGGGUUAUGACAUGCAGUCAGAUGCUAUCCCAAUAAGGGCAGCCAAGGCCUCCAGAGACAUUGCAAGUGAUUACAAAUACAAACUAGCCUAUGAACAGGCAAGAGGAAAGCAUAUUGGGUUCCGUAGCCUUGAAGAUGAUCCCAAGCUGGUGCAUUUCAUGAAGGUGGCUAAGAUGCAGUCUGACCGUGAAUACAAAAAGGACUAUGAGAAGUCAAAGACGAGAUUCCACACCCCAGCUGAUAUGUUCAGUGUAGUGGCAGCCAAGAAAGCACAGGAAGUGGCUACCAAUACAAACUACAAGCACUUGCUCCACCAUUACAAUGUUUUGCCUGAUGCUAUGAAUCUUGAAUUAGCCAAAAACAUGAUGCAGAUACGGAGCGACAAUCAAUACAAAGCUGACUAUGAUGAAUUCAUGAAGGGUGUGGGAUGGAUGCCAGUAGGCUCUCUGGAAGCUGAGAAGAAUAAGAAAGCUAUGGAAAUUAUAAGUGAGAAGAAAUAUCGCCAGCACCCAGACAAACUGAAGUAUUCCAGUCUAAUGGACUCUAUGAAUAUGGUUCUAGCUACAAAUAAUGCUAAAAUCAUGGACAAACACCUGUACACACAAGCCUGGGAAGCAGACAAGACAAAAAUUCACAUCAUGCCAGAUAUUCCAGAGAUUGCUUUGGCAAAAGUAAACGCAUAUAACAUAAGUGAUAAAAUUUACAAGCAUUCCUUGGAAGAGUCUAGAAGGAAAGGGUAUGACCUCAGAGCUGAUGCUAUCUCCAUUAAAGCUGCCAAAGCUUCCAGAGACAUUGCUAGUGAUUACAAAUACAAAUUAGCUUAUGAAAUGGAUAAGGGGAAACUUGUAGGCUUCCGCAGCCUCCAGGAUGAUCCCAAACUAGUCCAUUUUAUGCAAGUGGCUAAGAUGCAGUCUGAUCGUGAGUACAAGAAAGCCUAUGAGACCAGCAAGACCAGUUACCAUACACCUGCUGAUACGUUAAGUAUCAGGGCAGCGAAGGAGGCACAAGGUAAUAUAACCAACACUAACUACAAACACCUGAUCCACAAAUAUAUCCUCCUACCAGAUGCAGUUAAUGUGGAACUGACCAGAAACAUGAAUCGGAUUCAAAGUAAUAAUAAGUACAAAGAGGACUACAAUGAGUGGUACAAAGGACUUGGUUGGAGCCCUGCUGGUUCUCUGGACGUGGAGAAAUCUAAGAAAGCCACAGAAAUUGCAAGUGACAGGAAUUACCGCCAGCACCCAAGCCUUUUCCCCUUCACAAAACAGAGUGACUCCAUGGACAUGGUGCUAGCAAAACACAAUGCAGAUGUGAUGAAUCAGCAUAUGUACACUCAAGCUUGGGAGAAGGAUAAACUUCAGCUUCAUGUGAUGCCAGAUACACCUGAUAUUCUACAGGCCAGACAGAACAUGGCAAAUUACAGUCAGAAACUGUACAAACAUGGAUGGGAAGAAAUGUUAAAGAAAGGCUAUGACCUCACACCUGAAGCCAUUUCAGUGAAAGCAGCCAAAGCUUCGAGGGACAUUGCAAGUGAUUACAAGUAUAAAGAAGGUUACCGCAAGCAGCUGGGACAUCACAUUGGAUUCCGCAGCCUACAGGAUGAUCCCAAACUUGUGUUGUCUAUGAAUGUAGCCAAGAUGCAGAGUGAGAGGGAGUACAAGAAAGAUUUUGAGAAGUGGAAGACCAAGUUUAACAUGCCUGUGGAUAUGUUGGGCUUCCUACUGGCUAAGAAAUGCCAGUCAUUGGUUAGUGAUGUAGAUUACAGACGGAUCCUACACCAGUGGACUAGUUUGCCAGACCAGACUAGCAUCAUCCAAGCUAAGAAAGUAUAUGAACUACAGAGUGAUAAUGUAUAUAAGUCAGAUCUUCAAUGGCUUAAAGGCCUGGGAUGGAUCCCCUCUGGCUCUUUGGAGGCAGAAAAGAACAAGAAAGCUUCAGAAAUCCUGAGUGAAAAGAAAUACCGCCAGCCACCAGACACUGUUAAAUUCACAAGUAUUCCUGAUGCCAUGGACAUAGUUUUGGCAAAGUCUAAUGCCAAAAAUAGGAGUGAUAGACUUUACAGAGAAGCAUGGGACAAGGACAAGACUCACAUUCACAUCAUGCCUGACACUCCUGAAAUCCUUUUGGCUAAAGCAAACUUAAUCAAUACAAGUGAUAAACUCUACAAGUUAGGAUAUGAAGAACUGAAGAAGAAAGGCUAUGAACUUCCUCAUGAUGCCAUAUCACUCAAGUCAGCAAAGGCAUCCAGAGACAUUGCAAGUGAAUACAAAUACAAAGAAGGGUAUCGCAAGCAGCUUGGCCACCAUGUGGGAGCCCGCAACAUACAGGAUGAUCCCAAAAUGGUGUGGUCUAUGCAUGUAGCCAAGAUCCAAAGUGACAGGGAGUAUAAGAAAGAUUUUGAGAAAUGGAAGACCAAGUAUAAUAGCCCAGUGGACAUGCUGGGAGUCGUGCUGGCCAAGAAAUGUCAGGAAUUAGUCAGUGACAUUGAUUAUAGACAUCCUCUGCACAAAUGGACAUGUCUGCCAGACCAGAACAAUGUUGUACAUGCCAGGAAAACUUAUGAUCUUCAGAGUGAUCUUUUAUAUAAAUCAGAUCUUCAGUGGAUGAGGGGCAUUGGUUGGUCCCCAGUUGGUUCUCUGGAUGACGAGAAGAAUAAGAGAGCAACCCACAUCCUGAGUGACCAUACCUACCGGCAACACCCAGACACGAUCAAAUUUAAUAGCCUGCUUGAUUCUCUACCAAUGGUUCUGGCAAAACACAAUUCUGAAAUUAUGAACCAGCGCUCAUAUACAGCAGCUUGGAAUAAAGAUAAAACUAGUAUCCAUGUGAUGCCAGAUACCCCUGAUAUUGUAUUGGCACAGCAGAACAAAUUGAAUUACAGUGAGAAACUGUACAGACUUGCAAUGGAAGAGGACAAGAAGAAAGGCUAUGACCUACGGGUAGAUGCCAUUCCAAUCAGGACAGCUAAAGCCUCCCGAGAUAUUGCAAGUGAGUACAAAUACAAAGAAGGGUACCGCAAACAGCUUGGCCACCAUGUGGGAGCCCGCAACAUCCAGGAUGAUCCUAAGAUGGUGUGGUCUAUGCAUGUAGCCAAGAUCCAGAGUGACAGGGAAUACAAGAAAGAUUUUGAGAAAUGGAAGACCAAAUAUAAUACUCCCGUGGAUAUGCUGGGAAUUGUACUUGCCAAGAAGUGCCAGGAACUGGUUAGUGAAGUUGAUUAUAGACAUCCUCUGCACCAGUGGACAUGUCUGCCAGACCAGAAUGAUGUUGUACAUGCCAGGAAAACUUAUGAUCUUCAGAGUGAUCUUUUAUAUAAAUCAGAUCUUCAGUGGAUGAGGGGCAUUGGCUGGUCCCCAAUUGGUUCUCUGGAUGACGAGAAGAAUAAGAGAGCAACCCACAUCCUGAGUGACCAUACCUACCGGCAACACCCAGACACGAUCAAAUUUAAUAGCCUGCUUGAUUCUCUACCAAUGGUUCUGGCAAAACACAAUUCUGAAAUUAUGAACCAGCGCUCAUAUACAGCAGCUUGGAAUAAAGAUAAAACUAGUAUCCAUGUGAUGCCAGAUACCCCUGAUAUUGUAUUGGCGCAGCAGAACAAAUUGAAUUACAGUGAGAAACUGUACAGACUUGCAAUGGAAGAAGACAAGAAGAAAGGCUAUGACCUACGGGUAGAUGCCAUUCCAAUCAGGACAGCUAAAGCCUCCCGAGAUAUUGCAAGUGAGUACAAAUACAAAGAAGGGUAUCGCAAACAGCUUGGCCACCAUGUGGGAGCCCGCAACAUCCAGGAUGAUCCUAAGAUGGUGUGGUCUAUGCACGUAGCCAAGAUCCAGAGUGACAGGGAAUACAAGAAAGAUUUUGAGAAAUGGAAGACCAAGCAUAAUACUCCUGCGGAUAUGCUGGGAAUUGUACUUGCCAAGAAAUGUCAGGAACUGGUUAGUGAAGUUGAUUAUAGACAUCCUCUGCACCAGUGGACAUGUCUGCCAGACCAGAACGAUGUUGUACAUGCCAGGAAAACUUAUGAUCUUCAAAGUGAUCUUUUAUAUAAGUCAGAUCUUCAGUGGAUGAGAGGCAUUGGCUGGUCCCCAGUUGGCUCUCUGGAUGAUGAGAAGAAUAAAAGAGCAUCUCACAUCCUGAGUGACCAUAUCUACCGGCAACACCCAGACACGAUCAAAUUUACUAGUCUGCUUGAUUCUCUACCAAUGGUUCUGGCAAAGCAGAAUUCUGAGAUUAUGAACCAGCGCUCAUAUACAGCAGCUUGGAAUAAAGACAAAACUAGUAUCCACGUGAUGCCAGAUACCCCUGAUAUUGUAUUGGCGCAGCAGAACAAAUUGAAUUACAGUGAGAAACUGUACAGACUUGCAAUGGAAGAGGACAAGAAGAAAGGUUAUGACCUACGGGUAGAUGCCAUUCCAAUCAGGACAGCUAAAGCCUCCCGAGAUAUUGCAAGUGAGUACAAAUACAAAGAAGGGUAUCGCAAACAGCUAGGCCACCAUGUGGGAGCCCGCAACAUCCAGGAUGAUCCUAAGAUGGUGUGGUCUAUGCAUGUAGCCAAGAUCCAGAGUGACAGGGAAUACAAGAAAGAUUUUGAGAAAUGGAAGACCAAGCAUAAUACUCCCGUGGAUAUGCUGGGAAUUGUACUUGCCAAGAAGUGCCAGGAACUGGUUAGUGAAGUUGAUUAUAGACAUCCUCUGCACCAGUGGACAUGUCUGCCAGACCAGAACGAUGUUGUACAUGCCAGGAAAACCUAUGAUCUUCAGAGUGAUGUUGUAUAUAAGUCAGAUCUUCAGUGGAUGAGAGGCAUUGGCUGGUCCCCAGUUGGCUCUCUGGAUGAUGAGAAGAAUAAGAGAGCAGCCCACAUCCUGAGUGACCAUAUCUACCGGCAACACCCAGACACAAUCAAAUUCAAUAGCCUGCUUGAUUCUUUACCAAUGGUCCUGGCAAAGCACAAUUCUGAAAUUAUGAACCAACGCUCAUAUACAGCAGCUUGGAAUAAAGAUAAAACUAGUAUCCAUGUGAUGCCAGAUACCCCUGAUAUUGUAUUGGCGCAGCAGAACAAAUUGAAUUACAGUGAGAAACUGUACAGACUUGCAAUGGAAGAGGACAAGAAGAAAGGCUAUGACCUACGGGUAGAUGCCAUUCCAAUCAGGACAGCUAAAGCCUCCCGAGAUAUUGCAAGUGAGUACAAAUACAAAGAAGGGUAUCGCAAGCAGCUAGGCCACCAUGUGGGAGCCCGCAACAUCCAAGAUGAUCCCAAGAUGAUGUGGUCUAUGCAUGUAGCCAGGAUCCAGAGUGACAGGGAGUACAAGAAAGAUUUUGAGAAAUGGAAGACCAAGUAUAAUAGUCCAGUGGAUAUGCUGGGAAUCGUGCUGGCCAAGAAAUGUCAGGAACUGGUUAGUGAAGUUGAUUAUAGACAUCCUCUGCACCAGUGGACAUGUCUGCCAGACCAGAAUGAUGUCAUCCAUGCUAGAAAGGCCUAUGAGCUUCAGAGUGAUAAUUGCUACAAGUCAGAUCUUCAAUGGUUGAGAGGCAUCGGUUGGGUCCCAAUUGGUUCCCUGGAUGUUGAAAAAGCCAAGAAGGCUGGAGAGAUCCUUAGUGACAAUAUAUAUCGUCAGCCACCAGACAAAUUUAAAUUUACUAGUGUAACGGAUUCUUUAGAAAUGGUCUUGGCCAAGCAUAAUGCAGAAGCAAUGAAUAAGCGUUUAUACACUGAAGCCUGGGAUAAAGACAAGACUGAAAUCCACAUGAUGCCUGACACACCAGAGAUUAUGUUGGCAAGACAGAACAAGGUCAACUACAGUCAGAGUCUAUAUAAACUAGCCAUGGAAGAGGCAAAGAAGAGAGGCUGUGACUUGCGAAUUGAUGCUAUUCCCAUCAAAACUGCCAGAGCAUCCAGAGAUAUUGCCAGUGAUUACAAAUACAAAGAAGGGUAUCGCAAACAACUUGGCCACCACAUAGGCGCCCGCAACAUACAGGACGAUCCCAAGAUGGUAUGGUCUAUGCAUGUUGCCAAAAUCCAGAGUGACAGGGAGUAUAAGAAAGAUUUUGAGAAAUGGAAGACCAAGUAUAAUAGUCCAGUGGAUAUGCUGGGGAUUGUGAUGGCAAAGAAAUGUCAGGAACUAGUCAGUGACAUUGAUUAUAGACAUCCUCUUCACCAGUGGACAUGUCUGCCAGAUCAGAAUGAUGUCAUCCAUGCUAGAAAGGCCUAUGAUCUACAGAGUGACAAUUACUACAAGUCAGAUCUCCAAUGGCUAAGAGGCAUUGGUUGGGUUCCAAUUGGUUCCCUGGAUGUUGAAAAAGCCAAGAAAGCUGGAGAGAUCUUAAGUGAUAAAAUAUACCGUCAGCCUCCUGACACUUUCAAAUUUACUAGUGUGACAGAUUCUCUAGAAAUGGUCUUGGCCAAGAAUAAUGCAGAGACAAUGAAUAAGCGCUUAUACACCGAAGCAUGGGACAAAGACAAAACUACAAUUCAUGUCAUGCCUGACACUCCAGAAAUCAUGCUAGCAAAACUCAACCAAAUAAACUGCAGUGAGAAAUUGUACAAAUUAGCCUUGGAGGAAUUGAAAAAGAGAGGUUGUGACUUGCGUGUUGAUGCCAUUCCAAUCCAGGCUGCCAAGGCAUCCAGAAAUAUUGCCAGUGAAUACAAAUACAAAGAAGGGUAUCGCAAGCAACUUGGCCACCAUGUGGGAGCCCGCAACAUCCAGGAUGAUCCUAAGAUGAUGUGGUCAAUGCAUGUAGCCAAGAUCCAGAGCGACAGGGAGUACAAGAAAGAUUUUGAGAAAUCGAAGACCAACUACACUAGCCCAGUGGACAUGCUGGGAAUCGUGCAGGCCAAGACAUGUCAGACACUGGUCAGUGAUGUUGAUUACCGCCAUUACCUGCAUCAGUGGACAUGCCUGCCAGACCAGAAUGAUGUGAUCCAAGCUAAGAAGGCCUAUGAGCUACAGAGUGAUGCUGUUUACAAAUCAGACCUGGAAUGGCUGAAGGGUACAGGCUGGGUCCCCAUUGGUUCCAUAGAUGUUGAAAAGGUUAAGAGAGCUGGAGAAAUCCUGAGUGAAAAGCAGUACCGCCAGCCGCCAGACCAAAUCAAAUUUACGAGUGUGACCGAUUCCCUGGAGUUGGUUUUGGCAAAGCAAAAUGCUGAGACAAUGAACAAGCGUUUAUACACAGAAGCCUGGAAUGCUGACAAAUCCACAAUUCAUGUCAUGCCAGACACUCCGGAGAUUUUGUUGGCAAAAGCCAAUUCAGCUAACGUCAGCCAGAAACUUUACACACAAGGUUGGGAAGAAUCCAAGAUGAGAGAUUAUGAUAUAAGAGCUGAUGCAAUUCCAAUUCGGAGUGCAAAGGCAUCAAGAGAUAUUGCUAGUGAAUAUAAAUAUAAAGAAGCAUAUGAGAAACAGAGAGGUCACCAUAUUGGAGCCCGCACCAUACGGGAUGAUCCAAAGAUGAUGUGGUCUAUGCAUGCAGCAAAGAUCCAGAGUGACAGAGAGUAUAAGAAAUAUUUUGAGAAAUCAAAGACCAGAUACACUAGCCCAGUGGACAUGCUGGGAAUUGUGCAGGCCAAGAAAUGUCAGGAACUGGUCAGUGAUGUUGAUUACCGCCAUUACCUGCACCAGUGGACAUGUCUGCCAGACCAGAAUGAUGUGAUCCAAGCUAAGAAGGCCUAUGAGUUGCAGAGUGAUAAUGUGUACAAGUCAGACCUGGAAUGGCUGCGAGGCAUUGGCUGGAUGCCAGAUGGCUCUGUGGAUGUGGAUAGAGUGAAGAAAGCCCAGGAACUCCUGAAUGAGAGAUUAUACCGUCAGCGGCCAGACACAUUGAAAUUCACUAGCAUUGUUGACCCACUGCCAGUUGUCCUGGCUAAAAUCAAUUCUAAGCAGAUCAGUGAGCCUCUCUAUCGUGAAGCCUGGAAUAAAGAGAAGAUACAGUUCACGCUACCUGCUGACACCCCUCAGAUGAUGCAAUCCAAAGUCAAUGCUCUGAACAUCAGCAAUAAACAUUAUCAGCAAGCCUGGGAAGAUGCCAAGAUGAAAGAUUAUGACUUAAGAGCCGAUGCCAUUUCUAUCAAACAUGCCAGAGCUUCCAGAGAUAUUGCGAGUGAGUACAAAUACAAGGAAACCCAUGAGAAACAGAAAGGCCACUAUAUUGGAUGCCGAACUGCAAAGGAAGAUCCCAAAUUGUCAUGGGCUGCACAUGUAAUGAGGAUGCAGAAUGACAGAGAGUACAGGAAGGCAUAUCACAGUUCAAAGGCCAGGGUCACUAUACCAGUUGAUAUGGUAUCUGUCCAAGCAGCCAAGCAAUGCCAAUCAUUUGUGAGUGAAGUUGACUACCGUCAGUAUUUGCACCAGUGGACAUGUCUGCCAGAUCAGAAUGAUGUGAUCCAGGCAAGGAAGGCCUAUGAUCUACAAAGUGAUAAUGUGUACAAGUCCGACCUGGAAUGGCUGCGUGGCAUUGGCUGGAUGCCAGAUGGCUCAGUAGAUGUGGAUAGAGUGAAGAAAGCUCAAGAGCUCCUGAAUAACAGAUUGUAUCGAACGCGACCAGAUGAACUGAAAUUCACCAGUAUUGUUGACACACCAGAGAUUGUGCUGGCGAAGACUAAUUCUUUGAAUCAAAGUGGCGCUUUAUAUCGGGAGGUUUGGGAUAAAGAGAAGACCCAGUUUACCCUUCCUUCUGAUACCUCUGAGAUGUUGCAGUCCAGAAUCAAUGCUCUGAACAUCAGUAAGAAAUUGUAUCAACUAAGCUGGGAAGAAGCCAAGGAAAAAGGUUAUGAUUUAAGAGCUGAUGCCAUUGAAAUAACACAUGCCAAGGCUUCUAGAGACAUUGCUAGUGAGUACAAAUACAAAACAGGUUACCGCCAGCAAUUAGGCCACUAUGUCGGAUUCCAAAGCCUUCAGGAUGAUCCCAAGUUGGUGUGGUCCAUUCAUGCGGCCAAGAUCCAGAGUGACAGAGAGUACAAGAAAUAUUUUGAGAAAUCGAAGACCAAAUACACCAGCCCAGUGGAUAUGCUGGGAAUCGUGCAGGCCAAGAAAUGUCAGACAUUGGUCAGUGAUGUGGAUUACCGCAAUUACCUGCAUCAGUGGACAUGUCUGCCAGACCAGAAUGAUGUGAUCCAAGCUAAGAAAGCCUAUGAGUUACAGAGUGAUAAUGUGUACAAGUCAGACCUGGAAUGGCUGCGUGGCACUGGCUGGUUGACCCAAGGCUGUGUGGAUGUGACUAGAGUGAAGAAAGCUCAGGAGCUUGUGAAUGACAGAUUGUAUCGGCUGCGGCCAGACGAAUUGAAAUUUACCAGCGUAGUUGACCCCCCACCAGUUGUCUUGGCUAAAAUCAAUGCUCUGCAGAUCAGUGAGCCUCUCUAUCGUAAAAUCUGGGAUAAAGAGAAGACACAGUUCACCCUUCCUGCUGACACGCCUGUCAUGCUGCAGUCUAAAAUCAAUGCUCUGAACGUUAGCAAUAAACAUUAUCAGCAAGCUUGGGAAGAUGCCAAGAUGAAAGAUUAUGACUUAAAAGCUGAUGCCAUUUCUAUCAAACAUGCCAGAGCUUCCAGAGAUAUUGCGAGUGAGUACAAAUACAAGGAAACCCAUGAGAAACAGAAAGGCCACUAUAUUGGAUGCCGAACUGCAAAGGAAGAUCCCAAAUUGUCAUGGGCUGCACAUGUAAUGAGGAUGCAGAAUGACAGAGAGUACAAGAAGGCUUAUCACAGUUCAAAGGCUAAGAUCAACAUACCAGUUGAUAUGGUGUCUGUCUAUGCAGCCAAGGAAGGCCAAUUAUUAGCGAGUGAUGUUGACUACCGUCAGUAUUUGCACCAGUGGACAUGUCUGCCAGAUCAGAAUGAUGUGAUCCAGGCAAGGAAGGCCUAUGAUCUACAAAGUGAUGCCUUAUAUAAAUCUGACCUGGAAUGGCUGCGUGGCAUUGGAUGGAUGCCAAGUGGCUCUGUGGAAGUGAAGAGAGUGAAGAAUGCCCAGGACAUCCUGAGUGAAAAGAUGUACCGCACACCCGUAGAAAGUUUGAAAUACACCAAUAUUGUUGACACUCCAGACGUUCUCCUUGCUAAGACUAAUGCUGUGCAAAUCAGCCUCUCCAAAUACAGAGAAGCUUGGGACAAGGCCAAGACUACGAUCCAUGUGAUGCCAGACACACCAGAAAUCAACCUAGCCAGGGCAAAUGCUAUUCAUGUUAGCAACAAACUAUAUAAAGAAGCUUGGAAUGAAGUGAAGAUGAGCUGUGAUUUUAGGGCAGAUGCCAUCCCAAUUAAAUCAGCCAAAGCCUCCAGAGAAAUUGCCAGUGAUUAUAAAUACAAAUUAGAUCACGAGACGCAGAGAGGACACUAUGUUGGGACUCCAACUGCAAGAGAAGAUAACAAAAUACGAUGGGCCCUGCAUGCAGCCAAGCUUCAUAGUGACCUAGAAUACAGGAAACACUUUCAGAAGUGGAAGACAAAGUGCAGUAUACCAGUGGAUAUGCUUCCCAUUGUGGCUGCCAAAAAAUGUCAGACUUUGGUCAGUGAUAUUGAUUACCGUAAUUACUUGCAUCGGUGGACAUGUUUGCCAGAUCAGAAUGAUGUCAUACAGGCUAAGAAAGCCUAUCAACUGCAGAGUGAUGCUGUUUACAAAUCUGAUUUGGAAUGGCUACGUGGAAUUGGGUGGAUGCCAAAUGACUCUGUUGGAAUCAAUCAUGUCAAGCAUGUCCAAGAUCUCCUGAAUGAGAGAAAGUACCGCACAAAAGCUGAAACUCUCAAGUUUACUCCAGUGGCUGACAGGGUUGAUUAUAUCACGGCAAAACAAAGUGGUGAAAUUCGGAGUGAUAUUAAAUACCACCAAGACUGGAAUGCCAUCAAGUCAAAUUAUACUCUAACAGACACGCCACAGCAAGAAAUGGCCCGAGAGGCAGCCAGAAUUCUUAACCAGAACCUAUACAAGGAAAGCUGGGAAAAAGUUAAAUCUACUGGUUAUCUUUUACCUCCUGAUGCUGUGCAGCUUCGUCAUGCUAAGCACUCUGGUGAUGUCCAAAGUGAGCUGCAAUAUAAAGCUGAGUAUGUUAAUCACAGAGGUCACUAUGUUGGUGUUCCCAGUAUGAGAGAUGAUCCCAAGCUGGUGUGGUUUGAGCAUGCAGGCAAGAUCCAGAAUGACAGAUUGUACAAAUCAGCUUAUCACAAAUCAAAGUCCAAUAUUAACAUUCCUGCGGAUAUGAUAUCAGUCUUGGCGGCCAAGGAAUGCCAGACAUUGGUCAGUGAUAUUGAUUAUCGGCAAUACCUACACGAAUGGACGUGUCACCCUGACCAGAAUGAUUGCAUCCAGGCAAGGAAGGCCUAUGAUCUACAGAGUGAUAAUAUCUAUAAAUCUGAUCUGGAAUGGAUCCGGGGUUGUGGGUGGAUGCCUUUGGAUUCAGUGGAACAUAGGAAAGUUAAGAAAGCCCAAGAGUUAAUAGAUAAGAGAGCCUAUACGAAAGAAGCCCUGGAUAACUAUUCCCAUUUCACAAGUGUGGUUGAUACUCCAGACAUUGUUUUGGCAAAGAUCAACUCUGUCAAUCAGAGUGAUCUGAAAUACAAAGAAACAUUUAACCUUGAUAGAGGCCAUUUCAUUGGUUCUGAUGACACUCCAGCAUUGAACCACACCAGAGAGAUGUCUAAGCUCUAUAGUGAUAAACGAUAUAAGCAUUCAUGGGAAACUGGUAAGGCCAUAGGCUAUACUUUGCCUCCAGAGUACAUCCCUAUCGUUGGAGCUAAGCAUGCUGAUUAUAUUAACAGUGAGCUUAAAUACAAAGAGUUCUAUGAGAAGCAGAAGGGCCAUUACCUGGCUGGGAAGCAUAUCUCCGAAUUCCCCAGUGUUGUUCAUUCUCUAGCUUUCCAAAAACUAAGGAGUGCGUUGGCCUACAGAAAGAAUUAUGAGGACACCAAGGCAAACGUCCAUAUUCCAAGUGACAUGUUGAAUCACCUGUUGGCUAAAAAGUGUCAAUAUAUCCUCAGUGAUCUUGAGUACCGAACCUACCUCCACCAGUGGAAUUGUUCACCUGAAGAAAAUGAUGUUGUUCUGGCCAAGAAAGCCCAGGAGAUUUUGAGUGAUGUUGUGUAUAAAGAUGACUUAAAUUGGCUGAAAGGACUUGGAUGCUAUGUCUGGGACACCCCACAAAUCCUGCAUGCUAAGAAAUCAUAUGAUCUCCAAAGCCAACUGAAAUACACAGCUGCAGGAAAAGAGAAUUUGCAGAACUACAGUGCUGUUACCGAUACACCGCUUUAUGUUACUGCGGUCCAGAGCGGCAUCCAUGCUAGUGAGGUGAAAUAUAAAGAAAAUUAUCACAAAAUUAAGGACAAAUAUACAACUGUGGUGGAAACAGUGGAUCACGAAAGAACCCAAAAUCUGAAACAUCUUUUUAGCAAUAACCUGUACAAGGAAGCCUGGGAUAAAGUGAAAGCCACUGGUUACAAAAUGUCCUCUGAUUCCGUCUCUCUGUCUCGUGCCAAAGAACUGAAGCAUAAUGCUAGUAUUGUCAAGUAUCGGGAGGAAUAUGAUAAGUUUAAAGCACUUUACACUCUACCCAGAAGUGUUGAAGAUGAUCCCAACACAGCAAGAUGCCUUAGAGUUGGCAAGUUUAACAUUGAUCGCCUGUACAAAGAAGUCUACGAAAAGAACAAGACCAAAAUCCACAUUCUUCCAGACAUGGUAGACAUUGUAGCUGCUAGGGCCACACAGAAAAAAGUCAGUGAAAUUGAUUAUCGCCUCCAUCUCCAUGAGUGGACCUGCCUACCAGACCUUCAGAUCAACGCUCAUGUUCGAAAAGUCACUGACCAGCUCAGUGAAAUUGUGUACAAGGAUGACCUUAACUGGCUGAAAGGCAUUGGCUGCUUUGUUUGGGAUACUCCUGAAAUUCUGCAUGCCAAACAUGCAUAUGAUCUUCGCAGUGAUAUUAAGUACAAAUCUAAGGCAGAGAAAAUGAAGAAUGACUACACCAUGAUCACUGACACCCCUUAUUAUGUCCAGAAUGUCAUUAGUGGCAAGAAUCUGAGUGAUGCUGUCUAUCGCCAUGCAUAUGUGCAUAAUAUUAGAGGCACUAUGACCCCCACCGAUAAAACAGUGGACUUGGUGCGGGCAAAGCAUGCUCAUAAGAUACAGAGUGAAAAUCUGUACCGGGGGGCUGGCUUGCAUGCCCUCCCCACUGGAUACAAACUCCCACCAGAUACUCCAGGAUUUAAGCUUGCUAAACAUGUCCAAUACAUAGGCAGCGAUCUUAAAUACAAAGAAGCCUAUGAGCACAUCAAGGCUAAAGGCUACACUCUUGGACCCAAAGCUGUUGGCUUUGAGCAUAUAAGGGAAGUGAAUAAAGUUCUUAAUGAGAGGCUGUAUAGGGAGAUAUACCACAAAAAUAAGGACAAGAUUCAUACCACCCCUGACACACCAGAAAUUCGCCAAGUCAAAGCCACACAGGAAGCUAUCAGUGAUCUGAUCUACAAGGCAGAUUUCUUUAAGAUGCAGGGACACUUGAUUUCCUUGCCAUACACCCCUCAAGUGAUCCAUUGCCGUCAUGUUGGAGAUAUCACAAGUGAUAAUAAAUACAAAGAGGAUCUACACUGGUUGAGGGGCCUGGGUUGCUUCCUAUAUGAUACUCCUGAUAUGGUCCGUGCUCGUCACUUGCGGGAGCUUUGGUCUAAUUACGUAUACACCAAUACAGCAAAGAAGAUGCGGGAUAAAUACAGUGUGGUUCUGGACACUCCCGAAUACAGGAAAGUUCAGGAGCUGAAGGCACAUUUGAGUGAAGUGGUUUACAGAGCUGCAGGCAAGAAGCAAAAGACGAAAUUCACGUCAAUCCUUGAUACACCAGAUUUCUUACGAGCCAAGAAAGGACAGAAAAUACAGAGUCAGUACUUGUAUGUAGAGCUAGCCACCAAAGAGAGACCCCAUCACCAUGUUGGUGAUCAGACCCCAGCCUUGACGCUUGCAAAACAUGUGAAGGACAUGGUCAGUGAGAAAAAGUACAGAGCCCAAUAUGAGAAGAUGAAGCACAAGUACACAACUGUCUCUGACACUCCUAUCCUCAUCAGGGCUAAGAAGGCUUACUGGAAUGCUAGUGAUCUGCGCUACAAAGAGACCUUUGAGCAGGCAAAGGGUAAAUAUCACACAGUGAAAGAUGCCUUGGAUAUUGUCUAUCAUCGCAAGGUCACUGAUGACAUCAGCAGUGUGAAAUAUAAGGAAAACUAUGUGAGCCAGUUGGGAAUCUGGAGAUCUAUCCCAGACCGUCCGGAGCACUUUCAUCAUCGUGCAGUCACAGAUGCUAUCAGCGAUUUUAAAUACAAAGAAGACUUAUCAUUGCUUAGAGGCUUUGGUUGUUAUGCCUGGGAUACUCCUGAUCUUGCUCUGGCAGAAAAGAACAAAGUCCUCUACAGUGGGUGUAAGUACAAGGAGUCAUUUGAAAAGACGAAGUCUCAGUUUGAGUAUGUAGCAGACUGUCCAAUUAAUAGGCAUUUUAAACAUGCAACUCAGCUAAUGAAUGAGAAAAAAUACAAGUCUAGUGCCAAGUUGUUCCUGCAACAUGGAUGUAAUGAAAUUCUGAGACCAGAUAUGCUGACAGCACUUUACAACACAAACUUGUGGAGCCAGUUUAAAUACAAGAGGCAGUAUGAAAUGCAGAAGGACAAGUUUACUUCAAUCGUGGAUACCCCAGAACAUCUGAGGACUGCAAAAGUCAACAAGCAAAUCAGUGAGAUUAUUUACAAGAUGGAAUUUGAGAAGGCCAAGUCUAAAGGGUACACCACAAUCCAUGACACCCCUCUCUUACUACUUAUGCGCAAGGUCAAAGACAGAAUAAGUGAUCUGAAAUACAAAGAAGUUUAUGAGAAGAAUAAGUCUCACUGCAACAUUGUACCAGAUGCUGUUCAUAUUAAAGCUGCCAAAGCUGCCUACAAAGUAAACAGCAAUCUGGAUUACAAGAAGAAAUAUGAAGCAACUAAGGCUCAUUGGCAAUGGACUGUUGAUAGACCUGACUUUCUCCAAGCAGCUAAGGCAUCUCUGCAACAGAGUGAUUAUGACUACAAGCUAGACCGAGAGUUCCUUAGGGGAUGCAAACUGUCUGUCACAGAUGACAAAAAUACAGUUUUGGCUUUGAAGAAUGCCAUCCUGGCAAGUGAUGUAAAAUACAAAGAGAAGCAUAACAAAGCUAGAGGAACAUGCCUUGCUGUCCCAGACACACCUCAGAUCCUCCUCUCUAAGUGUGUCAGCUCUCUUGUAUCUGAGAACAAAUACAAAGAGCAAAGUAAGAGGCAGCUUCCGCAUGGUUCUUAUACAACCCUGCCUGAGACACAGGACACUGUUCGUGUCAAAGAGGUGACCAAGAAUGUCAGUGAGACAAACUAUAAAAAGAAGUUUGUGAAGGAGAAAGGCAAGUCCAACUAUUCCGUCAUGCUGGAGCCUCCUGAGGUGAAACAUGCCAUGGAAGUUGCUAAGAAACAGAGUAUUGUUCAGUACAAAAAAGAUGCUAAGUCACAGCUCCAUUACACAUCUAUAGCAGAUCGACCAGAUAUUAAGAAAGCAACCCAAGCUGCCAAGUUAAUCAGUGAUAUUCAAUACAAAGCCAAGACUCGAGGAGAGGCUUGCCUUGGUGUAAGCAUGCUGGGACGUCCAGAUAUGGAACUUGCUAAGGAGGUGUCCAAGCUUACUAGCCAGUUGAAGUAUAAAGCGAAUUUUGACAAGGAGAAGGGUAAGAGGCCGAAGUAUGACUUGAAGGAGGCCAAGAUCUACAAGACCUUGAAAGAUGCUAACAACAUUGCUAGUGAGGUUAAAUAUAAGGCAGAUCUAAAGAAACUUCACAAGCCUGUGACAGACAUGUCAGAAUCGCUGAUAAUGAACCAUGUCCUGAGUACAAGUCAACUCUCCAGUGCUUACCAGUACAAGAAGCAAUAUGAGAAGAGUAAGGGUCACUACCAUGUGGUGCCAGAUAACCUUGAACAGCUUCAUCUAAAGGAGGCUACAGAACUACAGAGUCAAGUAAAAUACAAGGAGAAGUAUGAAAAGGAAAAAGGAAAAGCCAUGCUGGACUUUGAAACUCCAACAUAUAUUACUGCUAAGGAAUCUCAGCACAUGCAGAGUGAGAAAGAAUAUAAGAAGGACUAUGAAGAGUCCAUUAAAGGCAGGAACCUUGCUGGCCUGGAGAUUACACCAUCUUUCUUACAUGUCAAAUAUGCAACCAAAAUAGCAAGCGAGAAAGAAUACAGGAGGGAUCUAGAGGAAGGUGUCAGAGGUAAAGGUAUGACACUCUUGGAGGAGACUCCAGACAUGUUAAGAGCAAAGAAUGCAACUCAUAUCCUAAAUGAGAAAGAGUACAAGAAAGCUCUGGAGCUUGAAAUCAAAGGAAGAGGUCUGACAGACCUGGCUUUGGAAACACCAGACUAUAUGAGGGCAAAGAAUGCCACUGACAUUGCCAGUCAGAUUAAAUAUAAGCAUUUGGCAGAAAUGGAUAAAGCCAAUUACACCUCUGUUAUCGAUACUCCAGAGAUCAUUCAUGCCCAGCAGGUCAAGAACCUUUCAAGCCAGAAAAAAUAUAAGGAAGAUGCAGGAAGGACCAUGUCACACUACCUGGCUGUUGUAGACACACCUGAAAUACUGAGAGUCCGUGAGAACCAAAAGAACUUUAGCACUCUUCAGUACCAGUUGGAUGUAAUGAACAGUAAAGGAAAAGUUACAGUGGUACAAGAUACACCAGAUAUACUGCGUGUUAAAGAAAACCAAAAGAAUUUCAGCUCGAUUUUAUAUAAAGAAGAUAUUGGAACAGGAACAGCUAUUGAAAAGACACCUGAGAUGCAGAGAAUUAAACGAACCCAGGACGCAAUUAGCACGAUUAAAUAUAAAGAAAGUAUUGGAAAAGGAAUUCCAAUUUCUGAUCUUCCCGAAGUGAAACGUGUGAAGGAGACACAGAAGCACAUCAGCUCGGUGUUGUACAAAGAGGACCUCGGGACAGGAAUCCCAACACCUAUGACUCCAGAGAUAGAAAGAGUCAGACGCAAUCAAGAACACAUUAGCACGGUGUUGUACAAGGAGGACUUGGGGACUGGGAUCCCAACACCUGUCACUCCAGAGAUGGAGAGAGUCAAACGCAAUCAAGAGAUCGUUAGCUCGGUGUUGUACAAGGAGGGGUUGGGGACUGGGACCCCAACAGCUGUCACUCCAGAGAUGGAGAGAGUCAAACGCAAUCAAGAAAAUUUUAGCUUGGUGUUAUACAAAGAGAACCUGGGGACAGGAAUUCCAACACCUGUCACACCAGAGAUUGAGAGAGUCAAACGCAAUCAAGAAAACUUUAGCUCGGUGUUGUACAAAGAGAACUUGGGGACAGGAACCCCAACACCAGUCACUCCAGAGAUGGAGAGGGUCAAACGCAAUCAAGAAAACUUUAGCUCGGUGUUGUAUAAAGAGAACUUGGGGACUGGAACCCCCAUCCCUGUCACUCCAGAGACUGAGAGGGUCAAACGCAAUCAAGAAAACUUUAGCUCGGUGUUGUACAAAGAAAAUGUAGGGAAAGCUACCCCAACACCAGUCACUCCAGAGAUGGAGAGAGUCAAACGCAAUCAAGAAACCAUUAGCUCGGUUUUGUACAAAGAACACGUGGGGAAAGCGACCCCAACACCAGUCACUCCAGAGAUGGAGAGAGUCAAACGCAAUCAAGAACACAUUAGCUCGGUAUUAUACAAAGAAAACUUGGGGCGAGCAACCCCAACACCUGUUACUCCAGAGAUGGAGAGAGUCAAACGCAAUCAAGAAAACAUUAGCUCGGUUGCGUACAAAGAAAACGUAGGGAAAGCAACGCCGACACCUGUAACUCCAGAGAUGGAGAGAGUCAAACGGAAUCAAGAAAACAUUAGCUUGGUAUUGUAUAAAGAGCACAUGGGAAAAGGAACUCCGACACCUAUCACUCCAGAGAUGGAGAGAGCUAAACGAAAUCAAGAAAACAUUAGCUCGAUCCUCUAUUCAGAUAGUUUCCGGAAACAAGUGCAAGGCAAAGCAGCCUAUGUAUUGGAUACCCCCGAAAUGAGGCGUGUGAGAGAAACCCAGCGACACAUCUCUACAGUGAAAUACCAUGAAGAUUUUGAAAAACACAAAGGUAGCUUCACGCCUGUGGUUACUGACCCCAUUACAGAGCGUGUGAAAAAGAACAUGCAGGACUUCAGUGAUAUUCACUAUAGGGGCAUUCAAAGAAAGGUUGUAGAAAUGGAGCGAAAACGAGUGGACCAGGAUCAAGAGACAAUCACAGGUCUUCGAGUGUGGCGCACUAAUCCUGGAUCAGUCUUUGACUAUGACCCAGCAGAAGACAACAUUCAGUCUAGAAGCUUACACAUGAUUUCUGUCCAAGCCCAGCGCCGCAGCCGGGAGCAAUCUCGCUCUGCCAGUGCAUUAAGCCUCAGUGCCGGGGAUGAGAAAUCUGAGCAUUCAGAAGGCGCUGAUCACCACCUGUCUUAUUACAGCAAUGGAGGCCUCUUUACCACAACUACAACAGUGGCUUACAAACAAGCUAAAACUAUAGAACUGCCACAACAAAGAUCAUCUUCUGUUGCCACCCAGCUGACAACAGUGUCUUCCGUUCCCUCUCACCCAUCUACCACGGGUAAGACCUACCGUGCCAUGUAUGACUACAUGGCAGCUGAUGCUGAUGAAGUUUCCUUCAAAGAUGGAGAUGCAAUUGUAAAUGUCCAAGCUAUUGAUGAAGGCUGGAUGUAUGGGACUGUACAGAGGACCGGCAAGACUGGCAUGCUUCCAGCCAACUAUGUAGAAGCUGUCUAAAUGAAAGUUAGGUCUUCCAUGAAGCAUAUUGACGUGGUCAAAACACAUAGGCACUUUUAAACCCCAAUCAGACUGGCCCCUAUAAAUUAAACCCCUUUCUAAAGUGCUUAUUGUUUUCCCCAAGUGAUGGUGUCUCAUGAAUUGUCAUUCUGAAAAAAAAAAUAGAACAAGAUGUUUUUAAAAAACCACCACUUACAAUUCAUUUCUGAGGAGAAUGGUCUGCUAACACACUAGUAGUCCCUAGAGCAGUGUGUUCUUCCAAACUAUCAUUUUAGAACUGGACUUGCUCAUCAAAACCUAUUACAAUGCCAUGUUCCCCGAGUUAUUUUUAUGCAAGCAACAUUUUGACACCAAGGGUUCUGAGUACCUUUUGGUUUGGAAUCUAGUUGAAUUUCACAGUAUUCAAAUAUAAUUUUUAAAAAGUAUGCAACUUUGGUUUUAUUGGUUUUCCUAUCAUUCACCCUAAGAUUUUAAUAUGAUGUUCUAAAAAUGUUUUGAAUAUAUUUGUUCUCAAUAAGCACCAUGUAAACCUAAAAUCUCAAACCAGCCAAACGUAAAACCUGGUAAAAGCCUCUCCUCUCUUCUGCUUGCUGAGCGCUGAUGCAUGUUUUUUUCAUCCGAUUGUGGUGGUGUCAGUAGUCACUAAUUUACAGGGAAACAGCUUUCUAAGUUCACAUCUCUGCAGUAUGAUUGAUGUAUUAACUUUGGGUCAAGAGCAGUGAAACAAUCUGCAUAUUAAACAAUCUUGCUACACAACAA